GCUGGGCCAAACACGAAGGGAGAUGAGGGAGCACUGGGGAAGGAGGUGGGAUUAGAAGCAGUAGAAUAAGAUGAGGAGUGGAAAGCUGUAUUUCCAUAGAAAUCUUCAAAGGAGGCAAGUCUUUCUAGUUUACAGAACCGACUUCAGACAACAGACAGACUCUCAGUUCUGUCGAUUAAUGCAUGUCAGGCAGAGAUGUUUUCUUCUGCGUGUUUCAGGGUGUGGCUCUUCAGCAGCAGCAGCAGCAGCAGCACACCCACUUAUCAUGCCACAUCACAUUUCAGUUAACUCUUUCCAUAAUAAGAUGAUACUGGUGUGGCAUUUGUAAACACAGCAAACCCUGUUGGAAGUUGGUGGGUGGUUACGCUGGUUCUGUUUCAGUAGGUAUAUCCCAGACAAACAAAGCCUGUUGCUGUGGAGAGGAUUCAGGCUUUGGCCUGAGGUGUGCUCUAGGUGAACCCUUGGGCCGAGAGUUGUCCAGAACCGUCUUCUUGAUUGUUUGAAGAUACCAGAUUACAGAAUCACUUGGGAUUUGAUAACAUUCAUACACAUUAUUUUCUCAGCAGCGUCCUUGUGAAUGGAUAUCACCUGAAUCUUCUUCCAAGAGCUUAAAUUGCAUGUAAAGUUGCCUUAAAGAUGAGUGGCUCCAAACCCGACAUCCUGUGGGCCCCACACCACGUGGACCGGUUCGUUGUGUGCGAUUCGGAGCUGAGUCUUUACCACAUUGACGCUGCUGUCAGCUCCGAGCUCAAGGCGGGGUCCUUGCGCUUAUCAGAAGAGACCACAGCUACCCUGUUGUCCAUCAAUUCAGAGACUCCAUAUAUGAAAUGUGUGGCUUGGUACCCAAAGUACGAUCCCGAGUGUCUCCUUGCUGUUGGACAGGCCAAUGGUCGAGUGGUGCUGACGAGCCUCGGUCAGGAUCACAACUCAAAAUCUAAAGACUUGAUAGGCAAAGAGUUUGUUCCCAAACACGCCCGGCAGUGCAAUACCCUUGCAUGGAACCCACUGGAUAGCAAUUGGCUUGCUGCUGGGUUAGAUAAACAUCGGGCUGAUUUCUCAGUGUUGAUCUGGGAUAUCAGCAGCAAAUACGCCCCGGAGACUGCAGUUGCUGCAGAGAAAGUCAGGCUUUCAGCAGGAGAGCCGGAAGCGGGACUGGUAGUAACAAAGCCACUGUACGAAUUGGGACAGAACGAUGCUUGUCUCUCUCUUUGUUGGCUUCCACGGGAUCAGAAGCUUCUUUUAGCUGGAAUGCAUCGAAAUCUGGCAAUCUUUGAUCUGAGGAACACAAGCCAAAAAAUAUUUGUAAACACCAAGGCUGUCCAAGGAGUGACUGUUGAUCCCUAUUUCCACGAUCGUGUAGCUUCCUUCUAUGAAGGUCAGGUUGCCAUAUGGGAUUUAAGAAAGUUUGAAAAGCCAGUUUUGACCUUGACAGAGCAACCAAAACCCUUAACGAAAGUUGCAUGGUGUCCAACAAGAACUGGACUGUUAGCUACUUUGACAAGGGAUAGUAAUAUCAUUAGACUGUAUGACAUGCAACAUACUCCCACCCCCAUUGGUGAUGAAACUGAGCCAACAAUAAUUGAAAGAAGUGUCCAACCAUGUGAAAACUACAUUGCUUCAUUUGCCUGGCAUCCUACAAAUCAAAAUCGAAUGGUGGUAGUGACUCCAAACAGGACUAUGUCUGACUUCACAGUUUUUGAAAGAAUUUCUCUGGCAUGGAGUCCAGUGACAUCCUUAAUGUGGGCUUGUGGACGACAUUUAUAUGAAUGUACAGAGGAAGGAAAGGCUAGUUCCUUGGAAAAAGACAUAGCUACCAAAAUGCGGCUCAGAGCUCUGUCAAGGUAUGGUCUGGAUACUGAACAAGUUUGGAGAAAUCACCUCCUAGCUGGAAAUGAAGAUCCUCAGCUGAAAUCGCUUUGGUACACUCUGCAUUUUAUGAAGCAGUAUACUGAAGAUAUGGAUCAAAAACUUACAGGAAACAAGGGUCCCUUAGUUUAUGCUGGCAUUAAAUCAAUUGUGAAGUCAUCUUUGGGAACAACAGAGAACCUCAGGCACAGCAGAAGUGGAUCCGAUAGGCAGGCAGAUAUUAUUCAGUAUCUGAGUGAGGAGCGAUCAUUGGCUUUGCAGCUCUGUGGGUGGAUAAAGAAGGGAACAGACUUAGAUGUGGAACCUUUUUUAAAUUCAUUGGAACAGGAAGGAGACUGGGAGCGAGCUGCUGCUGUAGCACUUUUCAACUUGGACAUACGGCGAGCAAUACAAAUUCUAAAUAAAGGGGCUUCCUCGGGGAAAGGUGAUUUGAACCUUAAUGUAGUAGCAAUGGCUCUGUCAGGCUACACAGAUGAGAAGAACUCACUUUGGAGAGAAAUGUGCAGUACUCUAAGACUGCAGCUGAACAACCCCUACUUGUGUGCCAUGUUUGCUUUCCUGACAAGUGAGUCUGGUUCAUAUGAUGGUGUUUUGUAUGAAAAUAAUGUAGCCGUAAGAGACCGAGUGGCAUUUGCUUGCAAGUUCCUCAAUGAUGCUCAACUGAACAGGUUUAUUGAAAAGCUGACAAAUGAAAUGAAAGAUGCUGGGAAUUUGGAGGGAAUACUGUUAACGGGGUUGACAAAAGAUGGAGUGGACUUGAUGGAAAGUUAUGUUGACAGAACUGGAGAUGUCCAGACAGCAAGCUACUGUAUGCUACAGGGUUCUCCAUCAGAUGUACUUAAGGAUGAGAGGGUUCAGUACUGGAUUGAGAACUACAGGAAUCUUUUAGAUGCUUGGAGGUUUUGGCAUAAACGUGCAGAAUUUGAUAUCCACAGGAGUAAGCUGGACCCCAGUUCAAAACCUUUAGCCCAGGUGUUUGUGAGUUGCAAUUUCUGUGGAAAAUCAAUCUCUUACAGCUGUUCAGCUAUUCCUCAUCAGGGGAGAGGUUUUAGUCAAUACGGAGUUAGUGGUUCACCAACUAAAUCCAAAGUUACCAGCUGUCCUGGUUGCCGUAAACCCCUUCCUCGCUGUGCACUUUGCUUGAUAAAUAUGGGAACACCAGUUUCCAGCUGUCCAGGAGGAUCCAAGUCAGAUGAAAAAGUGGAUCUUAGCAAAGACAAGAAGUUAGCCCAGUUCAACAACUGGUUUACUUGGUGUCACAACUGUAGGCAUGGUGGACACGCUGGCCAUAUGCUUAGCUGGUUCAGGGAUCAUACUGAGUGCCCGGUUUCUUCCUGCUCAUGUAAGUGUAUGCAGCUGGAUACAACAGGGAAUCUCAUUCCAGCAGAGACUGUCCAGGCAUAAAUACUGUUUGAUAAUGUGGGGCUCUCUAAUGGAUGUCCAUCAUAGUCCAACCAUGUAUUUCAGACAAAGGUCUUUUGUGACUUACUGUGAAAAAAUAAAUUGCUAUCAGAUGAGUACAAUGAUGUGUGUAUGACUGUGCUUGGUAGAAACAAGUGUUCCUAAAUUGAGCCCCUGGGUACAGUGUGUGGUCCUUCUUCAGAGAACUGAAGUAAGUACAGAAGCACUCAUGGGAUCAUGGACUCUUUGCUAAAACAUUUAAUAAAAGUAUUCAGGGUAAUGCUGGUUGGCCUUUUUGUUUUUCAAACAAAGCAGUGUUUCUAAGCUCUGUUUACUGAAAUGGGCCUUCAAAAUAAAGACCUGAAAAGUCGUCUUCAGAAGAUUACAGUGAUGCUGUGGAUUCCUCCAUUCAUUGCUUCAUCACACUUUCUUGUAUGCAGACAUUUCCUUCUAAGUUAAUUCAAAGUGCCACUAUUAAUUGUAUUCUCAAGAUUUUUAUUUUAAAGAAAAUUCCAUUUCUUUUUGUUUCAGUUUUGUUAAUAGUAAAGUAGUAUCUUUUGCAAUUUAAGCUCUUACUUAAUUUACCUACAUAUGUAGCAGAUGUGAAUUUUAAUGUUAAAGAAUUUGGGGAUUUUGUCUCCUAGAAAAGGCUAUAAUCCUAGAGAAGUUCCCAAAAAAGUAAUGAGUCAGUUCCAGUGCAGAGUGCAGGUAAACUCUAGGAGAUUUUGUUUGAGUAAUUUUUAAUAUAGUACUGUGACGAUCUAAAAUUGCAAGGUGUGGAGACUUGUAAAUACUCGUUUUAAACUACGUACUGAGUUUUGACUACAAAAAUAUUUGAAGACUUUUGGUUAAUCAGUAUUUUUCUGUACUUCUGAAAACAUACUGGAAAGUGUGAAAUUGACCAAUAGAAAUCCUGCUUCUGGUCACUAGUGGCUACCAGUGUGCUCCCAGAAGGCUGCAGUUUCAGAAGUAGUUCUAGAAAUGUUAUCAGCUGGAACUAAAAAUAUUUAUUGAGAGUCAAUGGUAUUUUGCUCAUACCAUUGCUAGAUGCUAAUCAGUAUUGUUGUCUUUGAUUUGUAGGCAACAGAAUUCACACAAAUUAGGGAAAAAAACCCACCUGUUUUAAGGUAUGUGAUAGUAACAUCAGUUUACUUGGUGUAUAUUUAUUUACUAGUAGAACAGUGUAUGAAUUACUUCACAUGUGCGUGCUAUGAAAUACUUAAUGGAAUGCUUGAAAUAAACUGGUAACAUAUUGCCAGGAUGGUGAAAACUGAUGUUUUAAAAGAGACUAUAUUGUAAUAUACCACUAGUUUUAAGUACUCUAGUGUAGUUGCAACAAGAUAGAACGUGGAAGUGUUUUCUGUAGAUGUACAUGAUUACAUUCAGGACUUUUGGUUACAUUUUCUGAUUUAGCAUUAAUGUAUCUGCUGCAUUCAUUCUGAUCUAAAUUUCUUGCCUUAUUGACAAAAGUUGAAAAUCUAAGAGGUACUUGAUAUUUGUAGGCAUGAAAGAGUGGUUACUUUUUUUCUUGUUCGACUAUUUAUUUUUCUUUCCAGUAUUUUUGCACACUUUAUGUUGCUGUUGAAGAGCUCUUCAAAAUGUUCCCCCAGAUGUAAACUGGGGUUUGAUUUAUGAUACCCUAUUUAUAUAAAUACAGGCAAUAAAUCCUCAUUUCCAUAAAAUGAAA